CCCCGUCGCAGCCACCGUUCUACUUGGCCGCCAUCGGCCGCCGGGCAUCGCGCGCCGCCAGGAUGGGGCGCUUUGGCGUGCCGGCCGCACAUAAUAAGGUGGGUCACACCUUGUUGUUGCUUCACGCUUCACGCCACCCGCGGCGCUGCACAGCUGGCCCUGCCGCUCGCCUCGCCCGCGCGUGCGGCGACCUGCAGCGCGCUACGUGCCUGCGCGCUCGGGCCACCGCAGCAACAUCCUGCCCACCCGUUGCUUCACCAACACAGCCGCGCAAAACCGUCUGCAUUGCUCACCACCGCCAUCGCUCGCCGCUCCCACGCCCCGCCUCCAGAUACUGGUGAUGACGCUGAUCAAUGUGUCCAACCUUUUCUGCCACUCGCUCUUUUCAAUCCUGCCCGCCUUCUUCCCUCAAGAGGCAAAGUCCAAAGGCAUGAGCGACGACGCGGUCGGCAUCGUGUUCGCGUGCUUCCCGGCCGUCAUCUUCCUCACGUCGCCCUUCGCGGGCCCCUUCAUGUCGCGGCACGGCAAGAAGUGGGUCUACACCACCGGCCUCGUCGUCGUCGCCAUCUCGACCAUCUGCUUCUCUGUCGCCUCGUACAUGCCCGCCGGAUCGCCGUUUGCCACCUGGUGCUUGCUGAUCCGGCUGACGCAGGGACUCGGCUCAGCGAUGGAGGAGACCGCAGCGUACGCCCUGAUCGCCGACAUGGACACCGACAACGUCUCCACUCGCGCAGCUUUCGCCGAGUUUGCUCAGAGGACGUCCCUGCGAAAUCCCGGAUCAUUCCACUCCCAGGUGUCUUUUUUCAUGGGUCUCACGGAGAUCUCGACCGGGCUCGGCUACAUGGUGGGCCCCCCGCUCGGCGGGAUGCUCUUCGCGGCGGGCGGCUUCGCGACGCCCUUUGUGGCGGCGGCGCUCAUCUACUAUCGGCUGCCCCCGGAUGACCGAAGGCGAUCGAGCGACGACGCGGGCGGCGCCAACUCUGACUACGCCUUUCUCGAGCCCACCCUCGCCGACCACGCCAAGGCGCGCGGGCACGCAUCGUCCGAGGCCUCGAUCGGCCUCCUCUUCUCGAUCUCCUCCGUCACCUACACCCUCGCGUGCCCGUUGAUUGGCAGCCUCGCCCGCCGCCUCCUGCUGCAGCUGCUCGGUUUCCUGCUGAUUGGCCCUUCCCCGCUGCUGGCGCUGCCGAGCGGGCUGGGCUUGCCGCAGCUGUGCGCCGCUCUCGUCCUCUUCGGCGUCGGCGAGAGCAUGAGCAUGACGCCCGUGAUGGACGACAUGAUGGCGUCGUGCGGCGAGCACGCCGACGCGUCGGUCAACUCGCUCUCGUCGGUGCUCGCCGCUUCCUUCUCGCUUGGCCAGGCGUGCACGGCGAUGGCGCUCGUGCUGCUGGUGCACACGAGCGCAAUCAUGCUCGUCGAGGUCCUCUCGCCGAAGAGGACCGUGCGCGAGGGCGCCUACCAGGAGCUCAGCGCGGUGAAUCCGCCAGAGGUGGAGGUGGCGGAGGAUUGA